AUGACUCCAGGCAGGGAGGGCGAACAUGAGGACGCCGCUGGUCUGACGUAUCCAUCCCCUGGUGCCGAAACGAUGGAUGCCGGUCCCUUCUACCACGCAAAUGGCCGCGAUGGAGGGGCAUCAGAGCACGUCCCGGAGCACGAACGUCAAGAUGUCAAGCCGUUCCCCGAAGACGGGCAUGCGCAUGCGCAUGAGCAACCACACGAGCACCAACACGAGCACCAACACGAGCACCCACACGAGCACGAGCACGAGCACGAGCGCGAGCACGAACAUGAGAACGUGCAGGAGCAUGAACAUCUGCAGGAGCAGGAGCAGGAGCAGGAGCACGAACACGAGCACGAUCAGGGGCAAGGAGAGAUGCAGGGUCAAAUGCAGGGUCAGCUGCAAGGCCAGAUGCAGGGCCAGAUGCAGGCACAGGAAUCGGCCGCGGCGCAUCAACAUGUGUCGCGCCCGUCGAAUCUCGAAGAGCUGCAGCUUGCGGCUCAGCUCGGCGAUGGCUUGGCCGGCGCACAAAUGAUGCCUGCGACGGACCCGAACAUGAGCGUGGACGAUCACGACCACAGCAUGCGCAGUAUUAUGCCUCACCCAGAACCCGAGCAGCAGCAGACCCCAUCCUAUGCGCAAGACGCACAGGCAGCCGACCACAUGGCCCAGCAUGCCAUCCCUGUUCCGGUUGGCCCCUCGGUGGCGCCGCAGUAUCAGAUGGGAGAUGGCAUUCCGCCCCGGAAGCGGUCCAAGGUCUCUCGCGCCUGCGACGAAUGUAGACGAAAGAAAAUCAAAUGCGAUGCGCAGUCGGACGCGGGAGACACGCCAUGCUCCAGCUGCGCGCGAGCCUCGAUUCGAUGCUUGUUCAGCCGCGUGCCUCAAAAGCGAGGUCCAAGCAAGGGAUAUAUCAAGGAACUCGCGGACCGCAUCCACAGCAUCGAAAACAAGCUCGAGUCCGAAGGCAACCUGACGCAGGAUGACAUCGACAAGCUCUUCGCGCCCGAGCGGCCGCGCAGCCACAGCCAAACGGGAGAAGACGGAAGUCGAAAGCGACCCUUCUCAAGCAUCUCCACGGGCGAGUUCAGCACGCCGUUGACGGCCCGUCAGGCGCCCUGGGGCUCGGAGCCCCGGCCAAUCCAGCCGGCAUCAGCGUCGUCGGAUCACUUUGCGAGCCACGGGUUUGCCAACAACCACGCGUUGGCACCGCAGCCUGCCGCCAUCAAGCCGGAUGAUACCCCGUCAAGGCCGCCGAUGGCACCAAUGGAUCCGUCCCUGGCCGAGGCCGAUGAGCUGCCGCUACCAAUCGACGAGGAUGCUGUGAACGAUUUCCUGGCUACAAUCCAGCCAUUGUACCCCAUUCUGCCGAGCAGCGCGUCCCGCAUCCAGUCGCUGUUGUCACAGUGCCCCCCCUCUCUGAGGACGGCAUUCGCCCUCGCCCUUCUCUCCGUCGGUCAAAGCACGACGGGAGAUGCCAAACAUGCCGACGGCCUCCUGCAUGAGUGGGAGAACAGCAGCGGCCAGCGCACGAGAGCCACGGACAUUGUCCAUGCCCAGACUCUCCUGCUCUUGAUAAUCGAUGCCGAUUGGCGUGGAUUGCCGACGCUGCCGUUCCUCCUGGCCCGAGCCAUCGCGCUCGCCAACAGCAUGAGCCUGUGGAAGGCUACACUCGCCGAGUCGGCAGACACCGACUCGGAGGAUCAACUAUCCAUCAAGAUUUGGUGGUCGUUGGUCAUGAUGGAUCGUUGGUACGCCGCCGGCAUGGGGCGACCCAGCCAAAUCCCGGACAGCAGCGUAGUCGCCCAGGCAGGCCUGCAGGCGACGGUGGGCGAGGUCUGCUUCCACUUUCUGCGUUUGUCGAAGCUCCUGAACAGGAUCGCCUUUGUCAUCUCGACCCUACCUUCGGGCGCAACAACGGCCGAGCAAUCGAUGGCCUCCGUCCUCGGAGAUUACAUCGAGAACUAUCGGGAAGACCUCCCCCCUCACGUCGAUGCCGCGUCAUACCCCCUCGUCCAUCUUGCCUACUGGCAUUGCCGUCUGCUCGUCACAUUGCUGACCCCCGGCGCAACGGCAACCGACACCAUGUGGCCGACGAAGGAGCUCGCGAAUCUCUUGUCGCUCAACGGCCACCUGAGAAGCCCCCUCAUCAAUCACUUCGUCUCCCUCGUCGUCCUUUCCUUGAGCAAGCUGGCGAAAGCGGAUAGCGCGCGGGAGGAGACUACAAGGCUGAUCAAGGAGAUUGUCGACGCGCCCGGCGGCGAUCACUGGGACGGCGCCCGGGACCGAUUGGCCGAGCAGCUUCGUCCGUCGUCGUCGGUCGAGGCGACGGCCAGCCAGGGACUCCAGCACCUCGCGGACCUGGCGACUGCGCACGAGGGGAUCGUCCCUGGCGCAGGCGAAGUGGCCUUUGGGCCCUCCCUCGCCUCCGGUUACCUUGAAACCUCAUGA